AUGGAAAGAGUAUUUAAAAAGCCGCAUUGUAUAAAAGAGCUUAAGUUUGAAUACUCUGUUUCUUUGCUACAAGAGGAUGCUUAUGAGUGGUGGAAGACUAUCCCACAUAGUCUAGUGGAGCCCCCUGUUCUGAUCUGGUCAGAUUUUCUGAGGGAAUUUAGACAGAAAAGGGUCCCUGAUACCUAUGUUGACAUGAAAUUGCAAGAGUUUUUGAGCUUGAAGCAAGGGAAUAAAUCUGUGGCCGAGUAUGAGAGAGAUUUUUUCUGCUUGAGUCAUUAUGCUGGAAACCUGCUUACCACCAGCAGAGAUCGAUGUAAGUGGUUUGAGGCUAGUUUAAAGCCCAGUUUAAGGAUACAAGUAGUGGGGUUCAUACAUGAAAACUUCUCUGAACUGAUUUCACAAGCCCUGGAGCUGGAGAGAAUUGAAAUGGAAGGAACAAUGAAAAUGGGUACAGAAGAGAAAGAGAAAGGUGGAAAGACUACUGGUCAAACUUCUGAUACUGGGUCAGGAAAAAAGGAAAUACUUUGGAGGAUCCAGUUCUUACAAGUUUGGCAGAGGGUUUGUUAUAAAGCUAUUGGAGCAUGCUAUAAUUGUGGGGGAACUGGCCAUUUUGCCAAAGAUUGUGUGAGUGCUCGCAGGCCAAUGCCAUCUACUAUAGUUGAAGGGUCAAUUCAGAGUUCUUCCUCUAGAGGUUCACAGUCAGUUAGCCAAGGCCGAGGUAAAGCCAAAGGUAGCACUCUUGGCAGUCAGACCACAGUCAAUUAG